CCACGGACAGACCAUGCAAGCGCUGUCACUCGCACGCGCGCCUAUACCGUCGCCUGCAGUCUUGAAGUUUCUGAGGAUCCAAGCUGAAUGUCUGCCAUUUCUUGCAUCGCAUUCGCAAGUCCGUCGGAACCAUCACCAUGCAGACACUGCACGAACGCAACCUUUGGUGAAUUUGCAACGUAGAGCCUCCUCAAAAGUAGUGGAACAACACAUGCCAGGCUCGUUAUGCCGUGGAUUCUGGAACAGUGCGACUAGAUCGAGAUGGCAAAGGCCAUGGCAACACGUUCGGCCAAAGAAGACGGUUCCAUUACAGCCAAACGACCUCCCACCACUACCUAGAUUACUAGACGAUGCAGGAGCUGCCAGCUUGGGACGUAUUGUCAAGCCGACGAACGAGCUUCGGAUGCGAUGUACAGAGUUUGACGGCGAUGGCAAAGUCACACUGUGUGGCCUUCUUCCUCGCGACCUUCGAAAAAUCGAUUCCGCCUCCUUGCCGCACAUUCUCGUACGCCCUUCGGCUAUCCUCAUAAAGAUCCUGCAUAUAAGCUGCUUGAUCAACCACAACCGCGUUCUGGUGUUUGAUGCAUAUGGAACAACUGACUCGCAUACACAAUCAAUAUUCAUGUACGACCUGGAAGGCAAGCUCCAGCUAAGAGAAGGCCGAUCUGCCAACACUCUACCAUAUGAGUUUCGCGCGCUUGAAGCCGUCCUUAUAAGUGUCACCUCUGCGCUUGAAGGAGAAUUUGAAGGUGUGCGCGAGCCUGUCGUACAAGUCUUGAGAGAACUGGAAGAGGAUAUCGAUCGCAACAAGCUGCGUCACUUGCUGAUCUACUCGAAGAAGUUGGGUACAUUCGAACAGAAGGCGCGCUUAGUUCGUGAUGCUAUCGACGACCUUCUCGAGGCAGAUGACGAUUUGUCUGACAUGUAUCUGACUGAGAAGGCGAAUGGUGUAACACGCGAAGAGGAUGACCAUACUGAAGUCGAGAUGCUGCUCGAAUCCUACCACAAAGUGUGCGACGAAAUUGUACAGGCGAGCAGCAACUUGGUCAGCAAUAUUCGCAAUACGGAAGAAAUG